AUGGGAGAAGAUACUUGGACUGUUGAACGUUUUCAAUUAGAAUUAUUAAAUGCUGAAAAGACUGGGCAAUUUACUUGUAAAGAUUUGGAGCCUUUAUGGGAGAAAGCAAAAUUAGCAAUUGAAAAUGAGGAAGAAACAUGUUCUUUGUAUACAACAUAUAUUUACUUGACUUUUAGACUUUUAAAGAAACAUGGUUUGUGUUUUUUUAUUUAUAAGGGAUCUAGGGGGUUUUAGGGUUCUGGCUUUUAUUAGGAGUUCCCGGGAUAGUUCAAGGUGUGAUGGGCUAGAAUUGAUAGUAGGGUACUUUUUUGGACAUGUCGCUAUUCUCCCUAGGUUGGGAGAAGAGAGACAUGUCGCUCUUCUCC